ACUCCGCUAGAUGACACUUUUGUGCCGUGUUCGGUUUCAACUCUGACCCUACUGAAACCUGGAGCUGCUUGCUGCAAACGUGCACGUUCCUUCGGUCUUUGUUUAUGUUUCAUAAUUUGAGUGUCAAACGAAGAUGGCUGCUAUCUGAAAAUGAGUAAGGUGUUCCAUCAUCAUGGUAGUCAUGUUGAACUUGGACAUGAUCCUGAAGGUUACAUGGCUGGUAACAACAGUUGGGUUUGCUGUACUUUUGUCAGACUACCUCAGACUUCGACAACAACAGUGUACAGAAGACACUACAGGAAGACCUUCCAAUCUUCCUGACCGUGACCAUGUCCAGCAGGGCUCAUCGGUGUGGUGUUAUGGAGACAACAACACCAACAGGACGUGUAAGUUCUCCAACCUCUGCUUCUCCCCUCAGUAUCAACAGUUUGUGUUCUUCCACGGCGAGCAGACUGUCACCCACGGAACCCACAACCGCUUCCAGCCGGCCCUCGUGGACUUGUCCUCCGUUCCUGACCACAACACGCAGUAUUUCCAGUAUGUUGACCUUCCAGCCUCCGCGCUGACGGACUUCAAGAAAGUUAAGAUCUACCCAGGAACAAGUCUGAUCUUCAACAGGUUCAAUCCAGACAACCUGAUGCAUGUGUUUCAUGACGAUCUCCUCCCCAUUUAUUCCACCCUUCGACAGAUUACAGCGAGUGAUUUUGGUCCUUUCAACCUCAACAGCAGACUGGUCAUCAUGGAAGGCUGGCGACCAGGAGAGUUCAUUGACCUUUAUCAGAUGUUCUCAACUGAAGACCCCAUCUUCAAACAAGACCUACUUGAUUCAGGAGAACUUGCAUGUUUUACCAAUGCUUAUGUUGGUUUGUCCAAGGCAACAACUUGGUAUCAGUAUGGCUUUAAGGUGCCACAAGGCCCAAAGGAAAACAUAACUGUAACAGGCAUGGAGAUCAGGCAAUUCACAGACUUUGUAUAUGUCAGGUUAGGAAUAGAGAAUACAGGUCUUACAGAGACAAAGUACAUUGUGCUGUUCUCACGUAGAUUAAAUAGGUUUAUUGUGAAUGAAGUGGAUGUGACGAUUGCUUUGGCAAGAGAGUUCGACAUGAGGGUUAUUACACUCAGCAUGGAGUCCCACACUGUACCUCAGCAAAUUGCAGUUAUAAGACAGGCAUCCAUGUUAAUUGGAAUGCAUGGGUCGUUCUUGACAUUGGAGAUGUUCUUGCCUCCUGGUGCUGUUGUUGUUGAACUGUUUCCUUAUGCUGUCAACCCAGAACACUACGCACCGUACAGAACACUAGCCAGCCUGCCAGGGAUGGAACUAACAUAUGCAGCAUGGAGGAACACUGAACAGCAGAACACAAUCACACAUCCAGACAAUCCUUGGGACCUGGGAGGAAUCGCACACUUGGAUCCAGCAGAGCAAGAUGCCAUUUUGAGAAGUAUAGAAGUUCCGAGGCACCUCUGCUGCAGGAAUCCAGAGUGGCUCUUCAGGAUUUAUCAAGACACUGUUGUGGAUAUACCGUCAUUUCUUAAGACUGUAAACACCGCCAUGAAGGAUGCAGAGGCAAACAAGCAAGGAACCUGUGGCACAAGUACAUGUGAAGAACAUUACGAGAAAAUUUACCCAGGCCAGAUAGUUGAUGUUACAUGUCAGACUGUUAGAUUAUCUGAUGGGCAUGUUGGAUUGCAGUUGUCAUGGCAACCACCAUGGAACCUGCAGUACCUCAAUGCAAAGGACACUGGAUAUGAAGUGUGGAUUCAGGAACAGGGUAAAGCGAGCUAUAUGCCAUGGAUUCUCCCCUUCACUAGCCAUGUGUUUUCAGAAGGGAUAGAGGCUGGACUUGACUAUAACGUGUGGGUCAGAUGUAUUGUUAAUGGAACUGUGGUAGGGCCAUUUGCUGAUGCUGUACAGUGUGUACUAAAGGUUCAUGAACCUCAAAAAUAGAGGAAGUACUCUCAAAGAAAACAAGAAGCUGAAAUGGUAAUAUUUGCAAGCAAAUACAUAAUGCAUAGCCUGGUAAUAAACUGCUGCUCUGUUUGACCUUACUUAAUCACUUUCAUAUGGUGACCAGUCCCUCCAGCUCUGCCACUUGCUAUGUUUGUCUAGUUCAGGUCAUUGACCUUAUUUGUUUGGAGAAGAUGAAAAAGAGUAAGAAUGGGAGCGAAAACAAGACAUUUCCCUUCAGUGAAGGUAAACAUAAGUAUACAAAUAACUGGCUGGGAAGAAUAAUUGAUGUUACAUUGAAAUAAAGAAAGUGCCAAUAUGAUUAUGUAAUAAAGCAUUUUAUUGAUAUUUUA